AGUAACACGCAUUGAUGGCAUCUGAUCCUUUAGCAGCUUCGUUUCUUGCUUGCUUAAUCAUUUGGGAAUAUAUGCUAUUGUAUUGCUCACAAUGACCUCCCUCAUGGCCGCACCAUUGUUGUUUUCUGUUUGCUCUUAGUGGCUCGUCGAUUCCAUCAUCUUAACUUCAUUUAUCACGAAGAGAUAGCUCGGUUGAAAUCUACAUUGGGGCUGAAAUGGUUUUGGUUUUUGGUUUGAUUCUCAUUGGUUUUGCUCUCGGGGUGGUGGUGGUUGUUGCUGUGGAAGCUUUGGGUGUGUUAUGGAUCAUAAAAUUUAUAGGCAACCAGAUCAAGAAACGAGUCGAAUCGAAAUGUCUCGUGGGGGGCCGGGAAAUUGAUACCCGAGAGUCCCUAAAUUCUUCACUUAUGAAGCAGGGUGUGGUUUGGAUUCUAGAGGCAGACAAAAUCACAAAAGUCUUGCUUGACAGAACGUCAAGAGAGCAAAAAAGAAAAAAAGACUUCGUGGAGGUUUCUCCUGUUAAAAAGUAUGGAAAAAUCACCGAUCAAUCACUUAUUCUGACAGAACCUGAUGGAUUGUAUACAACUAUUCAGCUAAAGGGAUGCAUGGUUGAAGCUGUUUCUGCUGCAAGCCUUUCUUCGAAAAAAUGGGCAAAGAAGCUCCCCAUCAAAGUUGAAAGCAAGACUUCUGCAAUAUAUAAUGGCAGCAAAAUCUUUUACAUAUAUCUUGAGACUUCAUGGGAGAAAGAAUCUUGGUGUAAGGCCCUUCGUCUGGCUUCUUGUGAUCAAAAUGAAAAAUUAAAAUGGUUUUCCCAGUUGCAUGAAGAGUUUCAUAGUUAUAUGAUAUCUUUAAAUGCUGAAUAUUCUUCUUUUAUGAAACCAUCGGUAGGAUCCAGUGUUGAGGCAAUAGAUAGGGCUAGUAAGCCUGAUAGUGCUCCCUCAAAAGUUCGUCAAUUUUUGAAGAAAUUGUCAAGGAAGACUUCCAGAGUUGGUCUAGAUAAUAAAUCAAAUGGGUCUUCAUUGUCAGGCCGUGAAGAAAAAAAGAAUAGUGAGAAGCCUCAUGCUUGUAAAGAUUCGGUUUUGUCUGUUAGCUUGAUGAAACCUUCUUCAGCAAAGCAUUAUAAGAGUUCAGCUGAAGACAAUGCAUCUCCAUUUUCGUCAAAAAAAUACAGUUCAGAAAGCCAGAGUCAUUUCUGUGCUGUUGAUUCUGAUGAGAAGAUUGGUAUUGAUGAGGGAACAUUAUGUUGGAAUUUGUUGAUUUCCCGCUUCUUUUUUGAUGCCAAAGGCAGUGCAGAGUUAAAGAGAUUUUUUCAAGCAAAGAUUCAGAAACAAUUGUCUAGUAUGAGAACUCCCAGUUAUAUUGGUGAAGUCGUCUUGACAGAAUUCAGCACUGGGAACAUCCCUCCUUGUAUCACAGGAGUCAGGGUCCUUCCUUUGGAAAUGAGUGAGGUAUGGACCUUAGAAGCUGACAUUGAAUAUGCUGGUGGUGCUUUAUUAGAGAUUGAAACAAGGCUAGAAGUUGGUGAGCUAGAUCUUCAUAAAGAGAUAGAGGAUUCAAAUCCAGAUUCAAGCAAUGUUGGGGAUGUCCCUGCAGAUCUUCUUGAGGGUUUUGAAUAUUUGGGAAAACAGUUGAACCUCACUGAAGGUAGCAGUGACUUGCACGAGCCAAAGGAAGAUGGUGAUGCAAAUAUUGACCUAUCUAAGAGCUUUAGGAGAUCUUCCUCUUCCUCAAGCACUGGAUCCAGAUGGAAGUCUAUGUUAAAUUCUGUUGCCAAACAUGUUUCACAGGUACCUCUCUCUUUGGCAGUGAGGGUAGCAUCCCUCAGAGGUACAUUGCGUAUAUACAUAAAGCCACCUCCAUCUGAUCAACUGUGGUUUGCUUUCACAUCAAUGCCCGAUAUGGACUUCAACCUGGAGUCAUUUAUCGGGGAUCACAAGAUUACCAAUGGACAUGCUGCUUCUUUCCUGGUCAAACUGUUGAAGAUAGGAAUCCGUGAAAACAUAGUGCUACCAAAUUGUGAAUGCAUUUGCAUCCCGUUCAUGCAAGCAGAACAAGAUGACUGGGUUCCUUUUAAUGUUGCUCCAUUCAUAUGGCCUAACCAAACAUCUGGGAUUGAGACUUCCAAUUUAAUGGGAGCUAGUGCAAGGAGCUCAACUGAUAAUCCAGAGCAUGAUCAACAAAAACAAAAAAGUGCUGAAUUUAAUCAAGAACCAGCGAACAAAUCAAUAGAUGCUCGACGAGUCCCAUCAAGUUCCUUCCGUAAAGCAGAUAGUGUGGAAGAAUUGACAACAUUGUUUUUGGAGGACAAAGAAAGACCACAAGAAACGAUAGACUUAAAAGAGCCGGUUUUGUCUUCAAUUGAGGAGGUUAAACCUCAAGAAACUAAGGACUCGAGAGAACCUAGACAACUUUUGUUACAGAAUGUUAGGUCACAAGACAUUAGGGAACAUAAGAUGGAAGAUAGUUCGUCCUCAUCAACACCCAGGAUGAGUGGUACUCUGUUGGAGAGACAACAUAGUAUGGAUGAGACAAGGCCUAAGAAAAUGGGGAGAAAGGAAAAGAUGCAUAUUCUCCGGAGGAAGAUGAGUGAGAAAUUUGAGGAAAAGAAACGUCAUAUUGGAGAAAAGAGCAAGCACUUUGUUGACAAGAUGCGAGGACCUCGAGAAUCAUGAACAAAGCAAGAGAAAGAAUAUGUGCAUAGUGUUAAUGAUGUGUUGAACAUGUUGGCCAAAUGCCAUUCUCACACGGGAAAAAUGUCAGAUACCAGAUGUUUCAUUGAUGAGUUGUGCACUUUAUUGGGUGUUUGGAAGGAUUCAAUGGCACUAGGUAUGCGCAUUAAUGAUCCUUCCGGAGGAGUCUGUAAUUUGGGCAGCAAUGGCCACAAUAAAUUACUUUUGUUACUAGAAA